UCCACAGCUCAAACAUUUGAAAAGUGGAGUUGAACAAGACAGCAAAAUGGCAACUGUAGCAGCUGAAAUAAAGGAUUAUGACACAGAAUAUGAAGCUUUCAGUCAAAAGCUCGCCCUCAACAAGAAGUCAUUUCAGAAGAUUAUGUCAUCUUCGACAUGUGAAAUCAGCACAAUUUGCCAGAAUGAGUAUGAUCUACUCUUAAAAACAAAAGGAGAAAUUCAGGAAUUACAAGAGAAAAUCAAUGGAAUCCAGCUUGAAAUUAAAGCUGUUUAUGGUGACAAGGACAGAGCAGGUCGAGAAUUUCAGCAUCUGAGACAAGAACUGGAGCAGAUUAACAUGGAUAUAGAUGAAAAGAUUCAUGAAAAGGAGACUGUAGAUAAGAAGCUGGCAGAAGCAAAGUGCCGACUAAAGGAAAAAGAACUACAAGUGGAAGACACUGAACGAAAAAAUCAGGAACAAACAAGUAAUGUAGAAAAAGGUGCACAGCUAUUCAGAAAACAUCUUGGGCUUGACAUACAACGUACAAAUCACAGUACUUUAGUCUUCACUUUUACCAAGAUAAGUCGGUCUGAGCCUGAAAAGGAAUACUUUCUUGAAUUGACUUUGGAUGGAGACAACUAUCGUCUGAUUUCCUCUGUGCCUCCAUUGCACAACUUAAAACAGUUGGAGGAUAAGCUAAAUGCAACCAAUGACUUUUCCGGUUGCAUUGCUUACAUUCGGAAGCUUUUCCAGAAGUUUGAAGCAUAAGAUCAAGAGCCACAGCUUUAAAAAUUUUUGAAUUUUUUUCACUAUAUGAUUUGUAUUUUCAUGUAUUUUAGUGCGUAGCAGAGUAAAUUUUUACACACCUA